AUGGGUCAUCGUCCCCGCCCCGCGGCAUCAUCCGAUGCCUACACUCGGCCGCUCUUCUGGCUUCUGCUCCUCUGCGCCAUCCCCAUCGUCGUCAGUCAAGCCGAUAACCAAACCAGCAACGUCUCCGAGGUGCCAUCUCAAGAUCCCCCAAGCAGCACGGCCAGUCCUCCAAUCGUCCCGUGUGGAGGUUCGCGUCCGUUCCUAUGCUACGCCUACCAGGGCCUCGACCAACCCUUCCCCGAGUGGCUUCAACAGACCGAACAGAAGUGCCAACGUUGCGUGGCUUCCAAAAAUUGUGGACCAAACUCCCAGAUCGGCGGCCAGGAGGACGGCAACCGACUGACUGUGUUAUCAAGCUGCACACCACCAUUUUGCAAAGCCGAAGGGAAUACGUCUGAGGCAAAAGUUUGCGUCAAGGCCGUUAAUUUCGAUGGGAAACAGCCAGGAAAAGUCUUUUUUCCCUUCAACCUGUGCAGUCGUGAAAUGCGUAUCUGCUGGAAUCGCACUGAACCUGUGACACGCAACGACAACUCGUUGAAGCCGUCGGAUGAAUGGCUCCCAUAUUGGCAAUACUGGGCGCCUUCUGUGUUGUCGGUCAUCGUUUGUGGCUGCGGUGUCUACUGGUGGGUUCGCUCCGGCAGAACGGUAGCCCUACCGCUGCCAGCAGACUACAAGGCGGCCUCCGUUACGCUCGAAACUGAAAACAUUACCGGAAGCUGGCUGGAGCCUUUCGAUCAACGGAUUACCUCGAAGCCAGAGCGGCGCAAACGCGGCAGGACAAUCCGGUUUGCUGAUGAGGGGCACGUCGCACUUUACGUGGAUCCGGAGGCUGUGCCGAAAGCGCCCGUCAAGCCAUCGGCGACUCCUCCGACGGCUUCUACCGCACAGCAGGGCGCGGCGGAUCAGAUUGUUCCUCCGGUCACUUGCGCGGAUCCUGCAGAUCCAUCGGCCGUGGCAAAGAACAUCCUACAAAUUUUUGCCGCUGAUACAUGGAUGCAAAAGCAAGAGUCCGACGUUAAACGUAAGGAGCCGUUGGUCAAGUUCGACUCGGCUGAACUACUGGUUUUGUUCAACCGCGCGACGGAGAUCGUGGGAGAGCACCGUGGCGUCGUCCGAAUUCAGGGACCUGUUUGGUUCGUCGGGGAUCUGAGGAAUAAUCUGGAGGACACCUGGCGCAUCUUCAAGGCAUACUCGGAAAAGGCCGAUCCGGCGACUAAAAUGCUCUUCCUGGGCAACGUUCGCGACGCGGCAUUCAAAGGGCUUACGUCUCUCAGUAUCAUCGUCGCCUCAAUCGUUCUCUACCCAAAAUCGGUUUUCUACCUCUGUGGCCAAUUCGAAGCUUCGGACGUACAGUGCUCAUCGCAUGCGGCGCUGGAUACUUCUAUCGCAACGUUCUUUGCGAACCUUCCGCUGUUCGCCAUCAUCGAUGAUCGAAUUCUCUCGAUGCACGGCGGCCUGGGUCCCGAGCUCAAGCCUGAAGAUAUCCGCAAAGGCUUCGAACCCACUAGCACCAGGGCCACAGAGCUUCGCCUUGACACGCUCCAGAGCGACCCGAAUUGCUUGGUGAAGGACUGUGCACCCAAAAAUGACAAGACCAAGGGCUACUUCUACGGCCUGACAGCCAUCGACGAUGCUCGCCGCAAAUUCCGCAUCGACUACAUCAUUCGUGCUCGCCAGGCGACCAAUCUUGGGCUGCGCUUCUUCGGCCGCUGGCUGAUUUCUUUGUUCUCUACUCAGCAAACCACGGACCAGCUGACAGCCGUGCUGCAGUACGGUGCCAAUUCCACGUUCACUGCGUUGUAUUUGACUAAACUCGGCGAACGUUAUGAAACCCAGGGCGUGUUCGAGCAAAAGUUCGAUUACCAGGCCUCCACUGAUAGGGUCUUUGUGGACAUGGAUGCGGUUGCCCUCUCCGCUAGCCCUUCCACGGACUUGAAGACCGGGGAAAAUGCGCCCGACCCCAAGACGCCGAAAGAUGCC